AAAUCAGCUGAUGAAUGUUUACCGAUGCAGCGUUGAAUAAGGUUUUCGGGAACGUUUUUGCCGCACGCCGUUUUUACAAUUUUUCGGUUUAUUUGUUAAUAAAUGUCGUUUAAAGUGAACUAACAGAUCCUACGAACAACCGGAGUGUUUCGUUGAAAUAAUAGUAGCAAAUAGUCGACAUAAUUACUAGUAAGAUGGAGCGAAACUAUCGGGAAGAUCAGUGCAACGAGAUCGAAGCGCUCGAUUCGAUAUACUGCGGUGAGCUGGAGGUUUUGGUUUCGGAACCUUUGCAUAGGUUCAAACUGCCCAUCCGAACCAUCGAUUAUUCCUGUGGUGGUGGUGGCGGCGGCGAAGACGAGGAAGAGCAGGAAGAUGAUGGCCUAAACUGCAUGCUCGUAUUUUCAUACACCGACAAAUAUCCGGACACUGCCCCGCUUGUUGAGAUUGAAGACCCGGAAAAUUUCCGGGACGGUUACGAAGAGGAGCUUCUGGCACAUAUUGAGGCUACGAUUCAGGAAAAUAUCGGAAUUGAGAUGAUUUUUUCGUUGGUAAGUUCCGCUCAGGAAUGGCUAAACUGCAAGUACGACCAGCUAAAGAGUGACGCCGAGAACGAGAAGGAAGAGGCAAAACGCCGGCAGGAGGAAAUAGAACGCAAAAAGUUCGAGGGCACCCGAGUGACGGUGGAAACGUUCAUGACCUGGAAGACCAAGUUCGAGCUCGAGAUGGGCAUCACGGAGCGGAAGGAGAAAACGGCCGGCGAGGCACGCAAACUGACCGGCAAAGAACUGUUCCUGCGAGACAACACGCUGAACGAGUCUGAUCUCAAGUUCCUCAUGGAUGCAGGAGAACCGAUCGAGAAUGUGCGCAUCGACGAAUCGCUCUUCCAGAACAUCGACGACCUGGAGCUGGACUCGGACGAUGACGAGGACGACGAGGACUUCGUGCCAGAUGAGAAGUGAGCUCCCAUGAUGGUACUCGAGCUCCGCCGUUGGAAAAUGUUGUAUUGUUUUUGAGAAACAAGAAACCUCUACUAUAUUUGCUUAAUAUGACGACUAAGCAGCAGUCGGAAAAUAUACAUUUAGAUGGUACGCUUCCUAA